AUGUCGACUUCAACACCCUCAGCCUCUGUCGAUGCCUUACUGGACAUUCCAGAGGGCAUCUGUGUGCUCACACACGCCCCUCUCGCCGUCGAGGACAUCAUCAAGUCGGUAGAAGACGACCGGGCGGGUGCAACGGCCGUAUUCAUCGGCACCACUCGAAACUCCUUCAAAGGGAAAGUUGUAAGACGACUAGAUUACCAGGCGUACAGCAAGUUGGCCAUCAAGACAAUAGCAGAUAUCGUCCGCGCCGCACACGCGACCCAUGCGCGCUCCGCACACCACCCAGAACACGACAAGGUCACUUCCCUCAUACGUUCCGUCGUGUAUCAUCGACUAGGCACCGUGCCCGUCGGAGAACCAUCCAUCGUCAUCGCCGUGUCCUCUCCACAUCGCAAAGAAGCGUUCACGGCUUGUGAAUAUAUUCUGGAGGAGGUCAAGCUCAAGGCGCAGAUCUGGAAGCGCGAGUUUUACGAAGGGGAGCGCGAAGAAGAGGCAGAGUGGAAGGCCAACAUCAGCGCGUAA